AAAGUAUAAAACACCAAACUGAACUGCCUUUCAGCAGCAAUUCACAAUGGAACGGACCCUAGCAGUACUGCUCUGUUUACAGAGUAGCCUGCUUGUUACUGCCUUUCAAUGUUCAGACAAAGUGAUCAUCUCAGCGGUGAAAGAAUACAAUGUGGAAAAUACACACAAACAUUGGUUUGACUGUAUACAAGUGAACACCGUAGAUUCGGAGAGUGGAAAAACAAAGCGAGAUGUACAGAUGCAGGGAAACAAUAAACUGAAACGUCGACCUGGAAUGUUUUCCCUUGCAUCCAGAACUUCCAGUCAACAGCUAACUGAAUCACCACCAGUCCUUCCAGUAUUGGAUUCAGCUAGAGGAAGAACAAAGCGAGAUGUACAGAUGCAGGGAAACAAUAAAUUGAAACGUCGACCUGGAAUGUUUUCCCUUGCAUCCAGAACUUCCAGUCAACAGCUAACUGAAUCACCACCAGUCCUUCCAGUAUUGGAUUCAGCUAGAGGAAGAACAAAGCGAGAUGUACAGAUGCAGGGAAACAAUAAAUUGAAACGUCGACCUGGAAUGUUUUCCCUUGCAUCCAGAACUUCCAGUCAACAGCUAACUGAAUCACCACCAGUCCUUCCAGUAUUGGAUUCAGCUAGUGGAAAAACAAAGCAAGAUGUACAGAUGCAGGAAAACAAUAAAUUGAAACGUCGACCUGGAAUGUUUUCCCUUACAUCCAGAACUUCCAGUCAACAUCUAACUGAAUCACCACCAGUCCUUCCAGUAUUGGAUUCAGCUAGUAAAAAAGUCAAGCGAGACACACAGUCAACUACGAAAAAACCCAAGAAAACUCGUCCUGGAUCAUACAGCACAUUGUUAUUGCCAGACCAGGGUAGAAGAGCCCAACAAGAUGUCCAGACAAGGAAGUGAAAUGAAGGCUUCAUAUAUACCAAGUGAACAGCAUUUGUAGCUAAUGUAUUUAGUAAAUAAGAAAGCAAAGACAACAAACCAUGGAGUCCUUUUUAGCAAUAAUGUACAUGAUUUUUUUUAAACCAAUUGUAGCUAACAAAAUAAUUCCAUAAGUUUUGUGCACCUCCAUUUGUUAUGUAUGCCUCAAAUAUCCAGUUUUGAAGCCCAUGUUAUUUUAAACAGGUAUUUUCACUUUAAAACAUAACUGGUACUACACUUGAUAAUUGAAACCUUUAUUUUAUACCCGCGCUUUCAGAUAGAGUUGUACUUAGUUGGUAAUUUCGCCUGGAGGGGAAUAUUGUCCCCACCCCUUCAAUGGCUUAUUUCCUGUCAAUAACCAAUCAGCUGUUUCCCCUAUUGACUGACAUGCUUUUAGCCAGUAACAUUCCAUGACCCAGAAUACACUGCUGAGGUGAAAUGGAGCAGGGGGUGCAAGGGCACUGCCAUAUUAAAAUGCUCACCUGAAAAUAGUGGUAUCAUCUGAAAUACCCACAAGGACCUUCACACCCAUCGUAUAAAUAUCAGCCAUCUGCAGUGUGGAGCUCAGAAAGAGUAUACAAUAUUCCGUGGAGACUAGGUGACAUAUUUCACCUUUUAAACAAGGUUGCGUAAUUGGGAAAAAUUGACUGUAAAAAAGGCAAAGAACAUUUUAACUUCCUUUAAUCUAACAUAUUAACAGAUAUAUUUUAAAAUGAAAAUUGCACAAUUACAAAACUGCGCAUUUGAGACCUAUGUAGCUAAUGGAAGUGAUAAACAAUGAACUACUCAUUAAUACUGGUUCUGCUGUAUAUAGGGGUGGAAAAAAAUUCUUAAAAGUUUAAAACAAAAUUUAUGAUUGAGUCAUUAAAAUGAUAAAAUUACACCUUCACAUUUUCCCUUGGAGAUUAAAAUCUAAGUCAACCAAAAGGAGCAGAACUGAUAAGCUAUAGAGCAGUGGAAAACAAUGUAAUUAAAUAAAGCAAUCCAGCCAGCAUUCUAAAAUGGGGGGUCUUUGCAUAUUCAGUUCACGGGUACAGAUCUGCGCAGUGAGUAAUAACCAGUUCCAAAGUCUUAUGCACAUUUUCUCAUGCUUGUCUCCACUUGAAGAGCAGUUAUUUUAUUGUUGAUUGCUGUAUAAUGCUAUCACCAUAAUGGCAAAAUUCAUAUUCAUUUAACAUAAAACAAAAUACUUAUGCUGAAACAAAUGCACAAUAACAGUAAUAUGUUUCUGUAUUAUCAUGACUUCCAUAAAUAUUAUAAUUAAUGUUAUUAAAAACAUCUUAGCAUGAUUGUCUAUAGGAAGCACUGUGUCUACCUUGUGUUUGCACUGUCAGAAAAGCCUCACACUGUUUCUCACUCCUCCAAUGAUAUUUAAUAAAAUAAAUACAUAUUUGUACUUUAUAAGGCCUACAGCUGUGGCCAAAUGUAUUGCAUCACUUAGAAUUUUAGGAUUGAGAUAUCAUUUUAAAAAAUUGGCCAUAGCUGUAUAUUACAGAACAUCUUAGCUUCUUUACAUGCUGUUCAAAUUAAUCAAUAGGUAUUCUAAGAAGCAUAUGAGAUUAUGAAUGGCAACUGCCUGUUUUUAAUAUUUUAAUAAAUAUAUUAUCUUUA